AUGCGAAGAUAUAGUUCCACCGAAGAAGAUCACGACCGGCGACGUUCAGUGGCGUUGAUGAGUGAAGAAAUUCAACGGGAGGAGCCCAAUGAGCAAACCGGGCUUCUGCCCAAGAAGCACCAGGAUGAAGAGCGAGCACCAAGCCAGGAGGAAGGCGAGCUGCUCGACAUCCUCCCUGAAGAUGACACGCCGACUCGCAAGCUCAUUCUUCAUGAAUUCUGGGUCCUCUUCCGCGGCUCUAUACCCGUCAUUUUGGCCUACUCGCUACAGAACUCGCUGCAAACAAUAUCCAUCUUGAUCGUCGGCCGAGCAUCGCCGCAAGAUCUGUCCACUGCUGCCUUCUCCUAUAUGUUCGCCAUGUGCACCGGUUGGCUAAUUGGUAUGGGCGGAUCGACGGCCUUGGAUACUCUGGCGAGUUCCACAUUCACCGGAAGCAAGAACAAGCAUGACUUGGGCAUCUUGCUCCAGCGGGCCCUUAUCGUCCUGACGCUGUUCUACGUCCCGGUCGCCAUCCUUUGGCUGUGUUCGGAACCAGUGUUCAGAGCUCUGGGCCAGAGCCCCCAAUUGUCACACGACAGCUCCAAAUUCCUGAGCUGUCUGAUCCCCGGCGGACUGGGCUAUAUCUACUUUGAGACCAUGAAGAAGUAUCUUCAGGCCCAAGAGAUUAUGCGACCAGGCACCUAUGUGCUCCUGAUCACCUCUCCAAUCAGCGCGUUGCUGAAUUACCUGUUUGUCUAUGUGGCCGGCUGGGGUAUCUUUGCCGCGCCAUUUGCAACAGGUAUCGGGUACUGGCUUUCGUUCCUCGGUCUCGUGCUCUAUGCCAAGUUCGUUGCUGGCGGAGAAUGUUGGGGCGGCUGGACCAAGAGAUGCCUCCAGAACAUGGGAGUCUUUGCUAAAUUGGCUUUCCUAGGAGUGAUCCAUGUCGGCACCGAGUGGUGGGCAUUUGAGAUUGUUGCGUUGGCGGCUGGCCGACUCGGAGAAAUCCCUCUCGCAUCUCAAAGUGUCAUCAUGACGGCAGACCAAGUCAUGAACACCAUCCCCUUUGGCAUUGGAGUCGCCGCCAGCGCACGGGUGGGCAACAUGCUUGGCUCACGCUCUGCCAAAGGUGCAGCCCGAUCGGCCAAUGUCGCUGCCUGGCUGAGCAUGUUCAUGGGAGCCGUGGUGUUGGCGAUUCUGAUGGGCACGAAGAACGUCUUUGCCAAGAUUUUCAACGACGACGAGCGGGUGGUCAAGCUCACCGCCCACGUCUUGCCGUAUGUGGCGCUGUUCCAGAUCGCAGAUGGACUGAACGGCAGUUGUGGCGGAUCUCUACGGGGCAUGGGCAGACAGCAUAUCGGAGCUGCCGUCAAUCUUGUCAGCUACUAUUGCGGCGCCCUCCCUCUCGGCAUCUGGCUCGCCUUCCAUGGCUGGGGCCUUCCGGGACUCUGGGUCGGUCAAUGCAUCGCACUGUAUCUGGUUGGGAUUGCCGAAUGGGCGAUUGUGGCGUUCAGCAACUGGGAGCACGAAGUCGACAAGGCUUUUGCCCGGAUGGACAAGGACGAGCUAGUGGAGGGUGGUCAUGCAACGGCGUCUGUGCCAGCGCCCGCGGGAAACGGCCCUCAGUGA